AUGCCGCACUCCCCUCAGUCGACAGGGCAGAUUACCUGCCAGCAGUGCCAUGUUACGCUUGCCUACCCCAUCGGUGCCCCCUCGGUGCGGUGCCCGAUGUGCGCAGCCGUGACGCCGGUCCAGCAGUUCAGUGUGACGUGCGUGUGCUGCCGCUGCAUCCUCAUCCUGCCGCAGAACACCAGCCUUGCCAUGUGCCCGCGAUGCCGCACUGUGAUGUCUAUCCCGGCUAGUAUUCGCGAGGGUCACACCGGACCGCAGGCGCCGCCAAAGCAAUGCGUUUACAUUGACCGCCCACCCACUGUCAACUCGUCGGGUACGAAGGUGACCCACUUGGCUGUCGGCACGAAACUCGACGAUGACAACCCGCCUGACAAGCGCUAG